AUGAAUUUUGAUCGUGCAGCAGCCUAUGCCAAGCAGAAGGACUCCUUAAAAAAGGAGUUCGACAUGUUCUUCGGUUCACUCCCUGGCUAUGUAAUCCUAGCGACUGUUGCUCCGCGCGAUAUCUGUCGGUUCCUGGUUUUUACGGACAAGGAUGGAAAAAACCAGGUUCACCGUAAUGACUGUAGACCAAGAGACUAUAAUUCUUGCUGUAGACAUAAAGGGGAAAAGGGAAAGUAUGACUGUGGAUGUUCAGUACGUUUGUCAUACAAGACAUUAGCCUCUUAUAUUGGUAAGCUACAAAACAUCUUUCACUCUCUUGGACGGGAUGGUGAGUGGGACAAGCGUCUAGGCCUAGAAAAUCCAGCGGCGGAUAAAUCGGUAAAGGAUCUCUUGAGGCUAGUAACGGUGGAACAAUUACAGGCAAGGUUAAAACCUAAGCAGGCCAUUCCGUUCUUUGUUGAUAAGCUGACGCAAUUGUGUUUACAUUUGGACAGGAAGUUACGACACGCCGAGAGAGCAAUUGACAGAUUUGCGAUAGCCCGCGAUAAGGCAUAUUUUAAAUUAGCCUUCUUUAGUGGGGAUCAACCCGGAGAUUUGGGAUAG